UCAGACUCCUUCUCUUCUCCCCAGAACUGACCCCCAGAAGGCCUGCCCCACCUCCUAGCUCACUCUGCCAGCUGCAGACCGCCCUCUUCCCAGCCCUCGGCUGCACAGCUGGCUGGAAUGAGAACGGAGAGACAUUCACAGAGAAGCAAGGUAGACAUGGGGCUGCUGACUGGGGACGGACUGUGGACUGCGGGCAUAUUCAUGGCCAUCUUCUUGCUGCUGGUAGACCUGAUGCACCGGCGCCAGCGCUGGACUGCCCGCUACCCCCCAGGCCCUGUGCCACUACCUGUGCUGGGUAACCUGCUGCAAAUAAACUUUCAGAACAUGCCAGCAGGAUUCCAAAAGCUGCGGUGCCGCUUCGGGGACUUGUUCAGCCUACAGCUGGCCUUUGAGCCUGUGGUUGUGCUAAACGGUCCAGCAGCACUGCGUGAGGUGCUGGUGAACUACAAUGAGGACACUGCUGACCGACCACCAAUGCACACGGUGGAACACUUGGGCUUUGGACCACAUUCUCAAGGUGUGAUCCUAGCACACUAUGGGCCUGCCUGGCGUGAGCAACGGCGCUUCUCCGUGUCCACCUUGCGUCAUUUUGGCCUGGGCAAGACGUCACUGGAGCAGUGGGUGACUGAGGAGGCCGGCUGCCUCUGUGCUGUCCUCACCGACUAUGCUGGGCACCCUUUCAGCCCCAACACCUUAUUGGACAAAGCAGUGUGUAAUGUGAUUGCAUCCCUCCUCUAUGCCCGCCGCUUCGAGUAUGAUGAUCCCCGUCUCAUCAGGCUAUUGGACUUGUUGAAGGACACUCUGGAGGAGGAAUCUGGCUUCCUGCCCAUGUUCCUGAAUGUGUUCCCAAUGUUCCUGCGCAUCCCAGGGCUGGUGGAUAAGGUCUUCUCUGGGAAGAAGGCCUUCAUGGUCACUCUGGAUGAGCUGGUGACUGAGCACAAGAUGACCUGGGACCCUGACCAACCACCCAGAGACCUGACUGAUGCCUUCCUGGCUGAAGUGGAGAAGGCCAAGGGGAACCCUGAGAGCAGCUUUAACGAUGUAAAUCUGCGCCUGGUGGUGUCGGACCUGUUCACUGCAGGGAUGGUGACCACCUCCACCACGCUGUCCUGGGCCCUGCUGCUCAUGAUCCUGCACCCAGAUGUGCAGCGCUGCGUCCAACAGGAGAUUGAUGAAGUCAUAGGGCAGGUGCGGCAUCCAGAGAUGGCAGACCAGGCCCGCAUGCCCUUCACCAACGCUGUGAUUCAUGAGGUGCAGCGCUUUAGUGACAUUGUUCCAUUUGGUGUGCCUCACAAGACAUCUCGUGAUAUUGAAGUGCAGGGCUUCCUUAUCCCUAAGGGCACGAUACUCAUCACCAACCUGUCCUCGGCUCUGAAGGAUGAGAGUACCUGGGAGAAACCCCUCCAAUUCCAUCCUGAGCACUUCCUGGACGCCCAGGGCCGCUUUGUGAAGCCUGAGGCCUUCAUGCCGUUCUCAGCAGGCCGCCGCGCAUGCCUUGGGGAGCCGCUGGCCCGCAUGGAGCUCUUCCUCUUCUUCACCUGUCUCCUGCAGAGAUUUAGCUUCUCAGUGCCUGCUGGACAUCCCAGGCCCAGUGACCAUGGGGUUUUUGGCGCACUGACAACCCCAUCUCCGUACCAGCUCUGUGCUGUGCCCCGCUAGGAAGGGAGUCUCAAACCCCGUUCACAACCCAGGUGGAGUCCUACUGUAAAGGAAGCCAUUUUACUAUCUCUGAACUAAAACAUCCCAGUGAUAUCA